GUCGGAUUUGACGUGGCAGGAGUAUCUAUCAUCUAUCUCGUAAUUACGUGAUUAACUUAGAAUCUGUUUCUUUCUUCACCCACCAAAAGUAGCAAACCUUUGCCACCUAAAAAUCUUACCAGUUGGGUGAAAGUUGCCAAAAUAGAGCUUGCUUUUGUCGCAAUCCUAUAUUUUUCAGAUUGAUUGUUGGUGGGUUUGUGUAAAUGGCGGCUCUUUUAGGCAGAUCCUGCCGGAAACUGAGUUUUCCGAGCUUGAGUCACGGAGCUAGGAGGGUAUCGACGGAAACUGGAAAACCAUUGAAUCUAUACUCUGCUAUUAAUCAAGCGCUUCACAUCGCUUUGGACACCGAUCCUCGGUCUUAUGUCUUUGGGGAAGACGUUGGCUUUGGUGGAGUCUUUCGCUGUACAACAGGUUUAGCUGAACGAUUCGGGAAAAACCGUGUCUUCAAUACUCCUCUUUGUGAGCAGGGCAUUGUUGGAUUUGGCAUUGGUCUAGCAGCAAUGGGUAAUCGAGCAAUUGUAGAGAUUCAGUUUGCAGAUUAUAUAUAUCCUGCUUUUGAUCAGAUUGUUAAUGAAGCUGCAAAGUUCAGAUACCGAAGUGGUAACCAAUUCAACUGUGGAGGACUUACGAUAAGAGCACCAUAUGGAGCAGUUGGUCAUGGUGGACAUUACCAUUCACAAUCCCCUGAAGCUUUCUUUUGCCAUGUCCCUGGUAUUAAGGUUGUUAUCCCUCGGAGUCCACGAGAAGCAAAGGGACUGUUGUUGUCAUGUAUCCGUGAUCCAAAUCCCGUUGUUUUCUUCGAACCAAAGUGGCUGUAUCGUCAAGCAGUAGAAGAAGUCCCUGAGCAUGACUAUAUGAUACCUUUAUCAGAAGCAGAGGUUAUAAGAGAAGGCAAUGACAUUACACUGGUUGGAUGGGGAGCUCAGCUUACCGUUAUGGAACAAGCUUGUCUGGACGCGGAAAAGGAAGGAAUAUCAUGUGAACUGAUAGAUCUCAAGACACUGCUUCCUUGGGACAAAGAAACCGUUGAGGCUUCAGUUAAAAAGACUGGCAGACUUCUUAUAAGCCAUGAAGCUCCUGUAACAGGAGGUUUUGGAGCAGAGAUCUCUGCAACAAUUCUGGAACGUUGCUUUUUGAAGUUAGAAGCUCCAGUAAGCAGAGUUUGUGGUCUGGAUACUCCAUUUCCUCUUGUGUUUGAACCAUUCUACAUGCCCACCAAGAACAAGAUAUUGGAUGCAAUCAAAUCGACUGUGAAUUACUAGCCGUACUAUCUGUAGUUUACUGUUUACACUAGGACUAAUGUAAUCGCAUGUCUUUGUUAUCAAUUCGUCUAAUGUAACACUACCGAUUAACUUUAAUGAAUUUCAAGAUAACGAAAACAUGUUAUAAUAGGACUAUCUCACUUAAUGUGUACGAAGAUUAUUAUCUACUGAAAGAUGAAAGCUUAUGAUCCAAACAUUUGACAAACCAGAGCGGCAAAUUGCUUGAAAGAGUAUAUUAAAGG